GUUCGCGCGUGUGUGUAGCUGUCAGUCCGUCAGUUGGGCAGUGCGGAUGAGCCGGAUACGCCAACUUCAAGCAAUAUAGCUGAGAAAAUCCACACCGAAUUCAGCCUCGGACACGUUCCACACUCGGAAUACUGGCUUCGUCUAAAAAUAAACAUCUUUUCGGAGCAGACAAACGACAAAGAAAGAAAGUGGGAGUGGGAUUUUGCAUGAGACAUAUUUGAAGGGUUGUUGGCUUAGCCUGACUGGGGUGAGUUAGCAUGCUAACGGAGCAGCGCUGCAGUGGAUGUCUCUCCACCCGCUCUUUUAGUUUUAAAUUAAACUGACGUCGUUCAGAUUACAUUUGAGUCUUUGUUUUCAGUGGUAUCGCUCAGUAUUCGGUUUGUUUUUUCUUUAGGCGAAGUUAUAAAAAGCUCCCGAGGGGAGACUGCCUUGGCAGGCUAGCUAGUUAGCAAGUAAGGAAGGCUUACUAAUGAAGACUUAAGGAGCUUUUGCAGUUUACGGAGGAGAAGUUAAAAAUUAUAGGGGUUUGUGCUCUGAAGUUUAAUGUUAUACGUAACAGCAGACUGUUUUAGCACAUUUGGCGAGAUAUUCAUCUGUCUUGCGAGCUAAUAGUUGAGUUGGUAACGUUACAGCUAGCUGGCUGCGGUUAGCUAACUGAACGUUAUGCCAAAUGAUAUUUUACUAAGGGACAGUUAGGACACCACUAGCUUAAUUAAAACACUUGUCACUGUGUGAUAGUUAAUUUAUUGUUAUACAACAAACAAUGGCCUCGGCUGGUAACACUGUCUCAUCGUUUGCGAGCAAAACAAAAACGAAGAAGAAACACUUCGUGGCUCAGAAAGUGAAGCUGUUUCGUGCCAGCGACCCUCUGCUCAGUGUUCUCAUGUGGGGAAUAAAUCAUUCGAUAAACGAGUUGAGCCAUGUUCAGAUCCCCAUCAUGCUUAUGCCUGAUGACUUCAAAGCCUACUCGAAGAUUAAGGUGGACAACCACCUUUUCAACAAAGAGAAUAUGCCAAGCCAUUUUAAGUUUAAAGAGUAUUGCCCUCUUGUUUUCCGUAAUUUGAGAGAGAGGUUCAGCAUCGAUGACCAGGACUUCCAGAACUCUUUGACCCGCAGCGCGCCCCUCGUCAGUGAAGCUCAGGGCCGUAGUGGUGCUCGCUUCCACACCUCCUACGACAAGAGGUACGUCAUCAAAACCAUAAGCAGCGAAGACGUGGCAGAGAUGCACAACAUCCUCAAAAAGUACCACCAGUAUAUCGUGGAAUGUCAUGGUACCACACUGCUACCACAGUUUCUAGGCAUGUACCGCCUCACUGUAGACGGAGAUGAGACUUAUAUGAUAGUCACACGCAAUGUCUUCAGUCACCGGUUGUCUGUGUAUAAGAAAUAUGACCUGAAGGGAUCUACUGUUGCCCGAGAGGCAAGUGACAAAGAAAAGGCUAAAGAACUCCCCACGUACAAAGACAAUGACUUCAUCAACGAUGGACAGAAAAUAUACAUCGAUGAGGAGAGUAAGAAAACCUUCCUCGAUAAGCUACGAAAGGAUGUGGAGUUUCUUGCUUUGCUGAAGUUGAUGGACUACAGUCUUUUGGUUGGGAUCCAUGACGUGGAGAGGGCAGAACAAGAGGAGGUGGAGAGUGAGGAUAAUGAGGGAGAAGAGGAAGGGGAGAGUGAUGGAGGGAUUAUCGGCACUCCUCCUGACAGUCCCAGCAACACUCUAGACAGCGCUAAACCACUCUCACCGGGAGACUUCGACCCCAGUAUUGACGUCUAUGCCAUCAAAAGCCAUGACAAUUCUCCCAGAAAGGAGGUCUAUUUUAUGGCAGUUAUUGACAUCCUGCAGCAUUAUGAUGCCAAGAAAAAGGCUGCUCAUGCAGCCAAGACGGUAAAGCAUGGGGCCGGGGCAGAGAUUUCCACGGUGAACCCGGAGCAGUACUCGAAGAGAUUCUAUGAUUUCAUCACUACCAUUCUGCCCUAGUCGGCGGCAGCUGAGCUGAGUCCACGGGGAUGAAGAGGGACGCCAGCAGAGGGGUGUUGAACACUCGCUCACCCGCUCUGCCACAGGGGGGCACCCCUAACAGCAGCUACAACCACCAUUCGUUUACAUUUUGAUUUUCAUUUAUUCGUCUUUUUGUUCUGUUGGGACCAUGAGAGUGACGGAAAAGGACAACAGUUCGAACUUUUGCGGCGGGGGGGAUAGGGCUUUUUACUGCUUUCUUAUGCAUGCCCCUUAAUCUUGUUUGUUCCAUUUGAUAUUUUUCUUGCCUUUUAAAGCAGAAGAGGAUGGAGAGAGCUCAUGUGACGGUCCGUGGCUCAGUUAGUAGAAUUAGGCCAAAACAGAACUUCUCAAUCGGAACAGUAAGCGUUCUCUCACUCGAAUCCCUAGCCGAACUCACUUCACGCAACCCCCUCUGCUUUACUCCACAGAGAGGCACCUGAAGCACUUGACACCACGGCACCUGCUAACUCUCUUUACUCGCACUAGCCUCUUCAUUCUCUGGACAGACUAACCAGAAACGCUCUUUGAGCCAUUUACAAAAGGAGGACCCAUCGCCCCUAACUUGCCUUGUGUGGACAGACAGCUGAAUCUGACUGUUUUGCAUGUUCCUUCAGUGUUCUGAGGCAAACGCGUCGGCAAAGGUUCCGGUAGGUAUUUCGUUUGGGUUUCUCGGGGGUUUUGUUUUGCAGCAACUUGACAGGAGGGAGAAUGAAGACACUGAGGCAGCAGGAAUCAGUGGUUUCUCUUCAGUCGUCAGUGAAUUCUGUUACAUUAGUGAUUCAGUUGCCAUCAGCACCUUAAAACUGUUGCACUUUUUAUUAGGAUCACUCGGUCUGUUACGAGCUGCAACGAUAGCACUAUGAGGCACCGUUCGACGCAGCCUUGCCGUUUCACGUGUUCUGACGCUUGUUCUCAACAGACAAAACAUAGUUUACCUCUCGCAUCGUACCAGGACACACCGAUUUGUUGUGUUUCAGUAUUCCAUGGAGGUUUGGGGAAGGGGUGCUUUUUCUUAUUCAUUUUAAAACAUCAGUUUUGUUUGAAAUUGUGUAUGUCUUUGUUCGAAAUUCGUUCAAAUUGGCAGCAAAAUAGAUGAAAUGUUGUAUAUUUUGCACAUGACGAAUGGAACCAAAAUGUUCACGGAAUCCUGUUGGUUCAGCAGUGGUAUUUACAAGGGAAACAUAAUACAUGUAACAGAGGAGAAUACUUUUGUAAAUGGCAUUGAAUUAGAAGCAGGUGAUAUGACUUAGAGAUUAACAUUUGUUUCUUAACUUUUCUAAUUCAGAGAAAAAAAGCCGCCUCGUCCUGUGUUUAGACUUUUUGAUCACUUGCACAUAUUUUUACAUUCAAUUUGAAUCCACCUGAAUUUUAAAGCACCGCUCCGUGAUUCAAGUGUUCUGAUAAAUGAAGAAUGUUACUGUUUAAAUCAUACAACACAAGUACUGUGUAAAAAAAAGAAAAAAAAAGAAAGAAAAAAAAAAACAAAACAAAAGAAAGGAAAAGAGAAAAAGAUGCAUGUUGCAUUAUUUUUAGUGUUCAAUCUGGUUUAGUCCAGAGAUGGUGUAUAUUCCAUGCUUGGUCAUAUUUUUAUUUGUAUUUUUAUUUUUUUCCCUUGCCCUAAACCCCCUACCCCAGGUCUAUUUUUUUAAGAUGGUCCCAUACCUGCUUUAUACUGUGUUUUCAAUGUAUACACUGUGCAAGAGUCGUGCCUUUUUACUCCAAAUUAUUUAAUUCCUUAUUUUUUAAUCUUUUUGUUCCCCUCCAAACAGAAAUGUUUUCUAAUAUUAGGGUGGUUGUUAAAAAAAAAAGAAAGAUAUCCAGAUAUUUUCAGUUUUCUUUUUAUUUUGGUGUUUUGAUGUUUCGAAAUGUGCUGUUGCUUCAAACGGAUACAAGACAUUGUAUUUUCUGUUCACAACAACACUGAAAAGGUCACAAUUUCUCCUUGACUGGCUAAUUCUAUGUGCAAAGCCUUUUGGACAAGAGUGUGCAUUGUGAAUUUGUUGAUAUGAGUAGGUGUGGCUCUUGUUAUAGUGUUAAUUGUAAAUUGUGUUCAGGCUUUCUCCAAGCAUUUUUAUCUGAAAGUAUUAUCCGGCACCAAUGUUACAGCGUCUUUGGUUAGUGUUUCAUUUUCUUAAUAAACUGAGCGCUGCUUGUGCCCUUGGGAAACCAUUGCACAAUGGGAAAAAAAGCAUUUUUAUUGUUCUCAUUGGGAUAAAAACAAACCCUGGUCUUCUUGGUUGUAAAAAACAAAACAACAAAAAACAAACAAACAAAAAAAAAAAAAAAACCACCACGGGCAUGACAAAAGAGGCUGUAUUAGCGGCAGACUUUGAUAGUGUCAUCAGAGCAUCGCUUCAGCUUCUGAUACUGGAUUCACA